CAUAGGAUAAUUAGACAGUUUAUUGUUAUGUAAGGCUCAAGCUCCACAAUUGAUCCAAACAUCAUAAUAUAGACAGUUCAUUGUUAUGUAAGGCUCAAGUUCCGCAGUUGGUCUCGAUAUGCUAAAAUAGACCGUUCAUUGUUAUGUAAGGCUCAAGCUCCGCAGUUGGUCUCGAUAUACUAAAAUAGACCGUUCAUUGUUAUGUAAGGUUCAAGCUCCACAGUUGAUUUUGAUUUCAUAAAAAGCAGUUGAUGAUCACAGAACUUAGGGGUGGCUAUCAUUUAGAAUCAAAAGGCAAAAGUCAGUAAAGUCUUGAUUUUCAAUCGUGACAUAUUAAGUUGGCUAUAUAUGUAACAGAUUCAGAGAGAAUUAGUUUAAAUAGCAUCAAUCGAAGUGCAAGAAAGAAUCACAGCAAAACACAAGGAUCAUUUUGUUUAAGAGAGAGAAACUGUACUGUCUGUUCUAGGAUUUCAAUUGUUCAAGAGAACCUGAUUUCAGAAACAAGGAUCAAUUAAUCACUUUGAUUAGCGUGCAUUGUCCCAGCUAGAGUCAGAGAUAUGGCAAAGAUUCUUCUGAACUAUGUGCCCGUCUAUGCAAUGCUACCGUUGGGAGUGGUUACAGAUGACAACAACUUUGAGAACCAGGAUGACAUCAAGAGACAACUAUACAAACUGAAGGAAGCAGAAGUUGAUGGAGUCAUGGUUGACGUCUGGUGGGGAAUAAUAGAAGCUAAAGGACCUAAGCAAUACAAUUGGAAUGCUUACAGAAGCUUAUUUCAGGUCAUAAAGGAUUGUGGCCUGAAAGUACAAGCCAUAAUGUCAUUUCAUCAAUGUGGAGGGAAUGUAGGAGAUGCUGUGAACGUUCCACUUCCUCAUUGGGUACUACAAGUUGGAGAUACAAACCCUGAUAUUUUCUAUACUAAUAGAAGGGGUACUAGAAACAAAGAAUAUCUGACUAUUGGUGUUGAUAAUGAAGCUAUCAUUGGAGGACGAACUCCGGUUCAGAUCUAUAGCGAUUACAUGAAGAGCUUCAGACAGAGUAUGUCAGAUUUUCUAGAUGCUGGUGUGAUAGUUGACAUUGAAGUAGGUCUUGGCCCAGCUGGAGAACUACGUUAUCCUUCUUAUCCACAAAAUCAAGGAUGGAGCUACCCAGGAAUAGGGGAAUUUCAGUGCUAUGACAAAUAUUUAAAGGAGGAUUUUAAAAAAGCAGCAACUGAGGCUGGCCAUCCUGAGUGGGAAUUACCUGCAAAUGCAGGGCAAUAUAAUGACAGACCAGAAGCCACAGAGUUUUUCAGAAACAACGGGACGUACCUUACUGAAAGUGGAAAAUUCUUCUUGACUUGGUAUUCAAACAAGCUGUUGAUCCAUGGUGACCAGAUCCUGGAAGAAGCAAAUACAGCAUUUUGUGGCUGCAAAGUCAAAGUAGCAGCAAAGGUUUCUGGAAUACAUUGGUGGUACAAUGAUGAAAGUCAUGCUGCUGAGGUUACUGCAGGAUACUACAACUUGAAAGACCGAGACGGGUAUCGUCCAAUAGCAAGGAUGCUGUCUCGUCACUAUGGGGUUUUAGACUUUACAUGUCUGGAGAUGAAGGACUAUGAACAGCCUGGUUAUGCUAAAAGUGCUCCACAAGAGCUUGUGAAACAGGUCUUAAGUGGUAGCUGGAGAGAAAGCAUUGAGGUUGCAGGUGAAAAUGCACUUCCCAGAUAUGAUCCCAACGCUUAUGAUCAGAUGCUGCUGAAUGCCAGGCCAAAUGGGGUGAACAGAGAUGGUCCGCCAAAACUGAAAAUGUAUGGCUUGACAUAUCUUCGUUUGUGCAAUCAGCUACUGGAUGGGGGUAAUUUUGGAACAUUCAAGACAUUUGUAAGGAAAAUGCAUGCUGAUCAAGAGUACUGUCCGAACCCUGAAAAUUAUGGACGGCACAUCACUCCACUGGAGCAGUCAAAGCCAAAGAUUCCUCUGCAGGUUCUUCUAGAAGCAACUAAACCAAUGGAACCAUUUCCCUUUGACAAUGAAACGGAUAUGAAAGUUUGAGAAGCUUUUAUAAUAGAGUUAACCCAAGGCAGUUGGCAAACAUGCAAUUGUCAAGCAAGAAAAUAAUGUUUCCUUUUCCGUUAAGAUAGGCUAAUAAGACCCAGGUAGGCUAAUAAGGAAGCCACAGAACCUAUCUGUGGGAAUCCUCACUGGUCGUUGUUUGUUGUUAAUUGUUGUUGAUGUUUCCGCUGUUGUUUUUUCCAAUAAGGAAGUUUCCUUCAUCAUAAGGAUACUUACGAGAAUGAAAUAAAACCUGAGAAGGAUGUCUCAGAAAAUGUUUGCUGUUUAACUGUACAAGUGUUGGUAAUAUACAUCGCUUUUAACCCCU